GGUGACCCACCAAAGGUCAAUAUUAGUCUUCCAGAGAUAAGUGAACUAACCCAGAAUUCUAAACGCUGGAAGGAUGUUCGACUUCCAAUUGACAUUCUGUUGUUAACAGUGAAGAACUGUGAAUUCUUAAGUUGCUACUAUUACAUUAAUGAUCCAUUUAGAAGCUACUUAAAAGGGCUUGGUCAUGUGUACUUUGGCAGCUUUGGUGAAGAUCAAGAUGUUAAACUGAAAGUAGCUUUGAUGAAAUGCUCAGAGGGUUGUAAAGUUCCUGGUGGUGCUUUGACUGUUGUGAAAAAUGCUGUCACUCAGCUGAGGCCAAAAGCUGUCUUUUCUGUGGGCCACUGUAGUGGUAUUAAUCAGGAAUCAACAAAGCUUGGGGAUGUGGUUCUAUCAAAAAAGCUCACAACCUAUUCCUACCAGAAGGUUACAAAGGAUGCAAAGAAAUUUUGUGGGUUCACAACUCCUGUAAGCAGAGACAUUGCUGAACUCAUUGAAUGUGCAGGUCAUGGUUGGAAUCCACCCUUAGAAAAUCCUAAAGAGAGGAAAGUUGAAGUCCUCUGUGGUGAGGUUUUGAGUGGUACUGAGGUCGUGCAAGCUGAAUGGCGACGAGAGGAACUAGUGAAGUCAUUUCCUGAAGCAAUUGCAAUUGAAACAGAAGGAGAGGGUAAGAUCUCUUUUUCCUUUGAAGUAACUGUUACUGUAAAAUCUGCUUAAAGAAAUAUUUGGGUAUAUUUGUAUCCUGGAAAGAAAGAGUUGAUACUCAUAUGUUGUAAGUAAGCUUUUCUGCAUGUUGAGAGAUGCACUGGCUUGUGUGUGAACAUACUGGACUUAAUAGAUCAAGAGAUCUGGGUUCAAGCCCUGGGCUAAAGUGAUUGUGUUCUAGUCUUGGCUGGGAGGCUUUACUCUCACAAUGUGUCUCUAUAUCCAGGAGUAUAGAUGGCUACUGAUGAAUUGACCAGUAUUUCAUAUAUAUGUGGAGUGAAUAAGAGUACAGUCUUAGUGGCUGAAUGGUAUGGGACCAGGAAGAAGCUUGUGCUACAGUCACUAGCUCUGCACCUUGUAUAUGUAAAGUGACUUUCCAAAAUAUAUCUCUAGUUCUUUACAAAUCUUUGAUAACAAUUGUAACAAUGGGAAAGGUUAAAAUUAAUAGAUGUUGGAGAAUACCUUUUGUUUUAUUCAUAAUAGCUUGUUAUUGUAUGUCUCAGGUGUUUUCAGUGCAGCACAUGAUCUGAAAAUGGAGUGGGUUGUCGUCAAGGGUAUUUCAGGAUAUGCAGAUGGAACUGAAUCAAAAGAAAACUGGCAAACAUUUGCAAGUGUAACAGCAGCUUCUCUUGUUGUCAGCAUUCUAAAGGAAUGCAGUAUUUUUGAAGAUUGGCCACAUUACAAAGGUAAACAGAUCAACUUUUAUCUUUUUUGGCCUGUAGUAUAG